AUGAACAUGUUGUCCCGGCAAAAGGACGACAUAAAGAAGAAAUUUAAAAGAAAGGGAUCAGAGAUAUCGAGGCGAGCAGAGAGAUCUGAGUCUGCCGCCCUACGCCGGUGGUUGUUCCUUCCGUCCGUAGCUUCUAUUCUGCAGAGCGAGGUCCUCAACUGGUCUUCCUCCAGUGAUCCACGAUAUUGGGGCUCGGAGAAUCUUCCAACUGCCUUCGUCGUAGAAACAAAAUUUGGAGUCUCCGAUAAUGACAGACAUAUAAAGGUAUAUCCGCUGGUGGACUAG